CUAGGCCUAAUUUGGCGUCUCCUCCUGAGCUGUUGUUCGCCAGCAGGCCGGGCGGUGGCGCUGUAUCCCCAAAGUGCGCUCAGGCCUACCUGUCCCUGAGCCUCUCAAACCUGCCCACCAACGCGCGCUCUAAAACCGCCGUCGCAGAGACAAACGUUGGCGCUAAGCAGAAGAGGAGGCGGCGACUGCUGUGAGAUUAAUGCAUUCCAGUGUGAAGAUGAGCAAAGGAAGAAAGAUCCAGACUGGUAUGUUGCUUUGAAGAUACAAAAAGAAGUAACUGACUGAUAGAGAAUACUGAAGAGCUUGACACUCUGCAUCAAUUAUGAUUGCGCUGGCAAUUAAUUCAUCAGAAUCAGAAAUGGAGGGCAAAUUUCAUUAAAAAGAGAACAGCUAGGUCUUUCUUUAUCAAAGUUAAGCAUGCUCAUACAACUCUCUAGAAACCUUUAUCAAGCUGGAUGUUAAAGCAAAAAGGGUGCGGUGGAGUGACUGGACAUGGUGAAAUAGGCUUGAAAGUCUACCCCUAUCUGCCUUCUCGAAAUAUGAGGAAUGUCAAGCUUAUCACCCCUGGUUUCAAUAGUGGACUUCUCGGAAGUCAUGAAGAUGUUUUGCAGAGAGCUCUGGCACCCUAAUACAUUUGAAAGGGUUUGCUGCUGUUGAUCUGGAUGCCUGGUCUCUAAAAAUGAGUUUUUCUUGUUUGUGAUGUAACCAGCAAAUAGACAAAAUACAAAGAAACUCUAUUUUUGAAAAAGAAAAUGCCAAAGAAAAAGAAAAACCUUGGUGUGAGCCCAUCACAAAAGAUUAUAAACUCAGAGGCAACUGCUACUACUGCUGUAGACUUGGGACCCUACCCAGUAGAUCUUGCAAUGUCACAACCACAAUGUGGUGUCAAUAAAGAAGAACUUAUUAGCAGCCUUUCAGAAAUGUUUUCCGACUUGGAUCCUACUGUCAUUAACAUGGUGCUGUCUGAAUAUGAUUUCAGAGUGGAAGACAGUAUGGAUUAUCUUCUAGAAUUGUCCAUGGCUGCUAAGGGUGCAACAUCUUUAUUGGAAGUCACGGGUUUUGAUUCCAUAUCUGCAUCACUAGUUGGUGAAAAUCGGUCAAGCUCUGUUGCUGAUCAACUAGAGGGCAAAAGUUCUGCUGAAAUAAAAAUUGUGAAGUCGAAUGAAGAAUCAGCAAUGUCAUCUGAUGAACUGAUGAGCUUGCUACAGAAUCCUUUUGGGAAACAUAAUCUAAAUCGUGAAUUGAAGGGUUCAAAAAAUGACCAGAUCUUAGGUAAUCUGUCUCUUACUUUGGACUCCAGUAGUUCUGGUUGCUUUCAGGAGUUAUCUGACUGUGCAAAGUCCAGUUUGGGUUAUAAUGCUGUAGUUUCUUCACAACAAAUCAAAACAGACAUUAAAAGACUGGAAACCUUCUCCCCUGCAUUAAAUCCAGAUUGUUAUAAAACCUUUGAACUGGCAUUUGGAAAAUCAGGCAUUCAGACAAAGGAUAAGCCAUUAGACGAUGUGAAUAUCUUUGCACAAAUCCCAGAGAAUUGUAGUUUGCCAGAAGUGAUACUUGACAGUGGUACACUUCCAGAAGUCAUUACACCAGCCAAUAUAGAAAUGUCUUAUACCAAUCCAGCUCAAAUCCAGAAUGUUGUUAUGGACCUCACAACGAUGGAUAGUGUGCCUGUUCAACUUUGUCAGGGACUUCUUGAAUCUGAAACAAGUGCGUUUGACAAUACUAGUUCUAGUUCACUUGAUACUGAAAAGCGGGAAAAUGAAGUGUUGGUGUGCAAUGACCCUAAAAUUAUUUCUGUUCCUGAUCUGUGCCCAGGAUCCAGUUUCACACUAGCUCCUCUUGAAAAUGUUGACCAGUCUCCACAGGCAUGGAAUUCACAGUUUUCUCUGCUUCAAAAACAUUCUCAGGAGGCUGUCUGGAAUCUAAUGGCUCCUGCCUUUUAUCCACAAAAUACCAGUCAUAGCUUUGUAACUCCAGUAGCAGUGAGCCCUGGAAAGUGGAGGCCUGCUUCAAACUAUAGGGAUUUCGGAAAAAUAUGCUCCCCUCAAGCAACUUCACAGUAUUGGGGUAGCAACUCUUCUCUGCUGAAGACAUGGGGAAAUAAAGAUGCAAGCCAAAAACAGAACCUUUCUCAAAUACAGCAGCAUCCUGUUUGUCACAUGAUGAGAAGAAAGACUCCUCUAACAGGUCAUGUCCUUGUUCUUCUUAGAGGGGUUCCAGGAUCAGGCAAAUCAUAUUUGGCAAGGGCUCUGCUCGAAGAUAACCCUAGCGGAGUCAUCCUUAGUACAGAUGAUUAUUUUUAUCAAAAAAAUGGGCAGUACGAAUUUGAUGCUUAUUGCUUAGGAGAAGCACAUGAGUGGAACUGGAAACGUGCCAAAGAAGCAUUUGAAAAAAGGAUUACUCCUAUAAUAAUAGACAACACAAACAUACAAGCUUGGGAAAUGAAGCCUUAUGUUGCUUUGUCACAGCAACACAAGUAUAAAGUUAUAUUUCGUGAACCAGAUACCUGGUGGAAGUUUAAACCGAAAGAACUUGAAAGGCGAAAUGUUCAUGGUGUAUCCAAAGAAAAGAUCAAAAGAAUGUUGGAACGGUAUGAGCGCUGCCUGACUGUUAGUUCAAUUUUGAAUUCUUCAGUCCCAGAUGAAUUGAAAAGUGCAACUUGUGAUGAAGUUCUUCAUCAGGAAAAGGAGCCGGGAAAGGAAGAGAGACCUCCUCAUGGGAGCAAUGGAGAACCCUUUGUUUGUGUAUCAACAGAAUCUUUGAAACACACAGAACUAAGUAUGGAUGUUAUGCAUCUGUUAGACAGAGUUGCACUGGAAAAUCAGAAUCUUCAGGAUGAAAAGAGAGCAAGUGGAUAUAAGUUACUAGAAUAUAGUCCUGAGGGCAAUAUCCCUCUAGGUGACUUGGAUAUAUGUAUAUCACAUACACAAGAGACAAUGAAUCCUGUUCUUGAAACGAAAGUAAUUAAAACUGACCUAGUGAAGUCUGAGGAAAGUUCAGACACACAUUUCUACAUCAAUGAAAACAUCCAGGAGUGCAGUGACAAAAACUUAGAAGUUCAAGUUGAAGCAAAUCCAUGUAAUGAAGUGCUAAGAGAAGCAGAAUUAACAGAGAGAGAAAAUGUGAAUGAGGGAGAUUUUGAAAAAUCAAUAAGGCCAGAGAUACUAAACUUUGUGGGAGACUGGCCAGUAGAAAAAACUAUUGGGCAGAGGGUGAAAAGAGCUAGAAGGCUAGAAAAACUGACUGUAAAAAGUGAUGAAGAUGAUAGAGGUAUAGGUAUGCCUCCUCUUGAUUCAUUGAAGGUUUUAGAUGGAAAUGAAACAUUGGACCUGAUUAAUAUUUAUGAAGAGCUACCACUUGCUGAAAAUAAGCAGGAAGAGAAUGGCCAGUCUUCCACCCAUACAUCCAUUGUUGACACAGCAGAAGAUACAUCAGAAUUGCUAAUACUAGGAGAUUGGCCUGUCCAAAACUCUUUAGAACAAAGACAGCACAAAAGAAGAACACCUAAGAGAAGCAUUAGUGAAUCAGAAGAAAUUAGUAGUAGCCAGUGUGAUAUCAACAAAGAUGCAGUGAACAUAGUGGCUGUCCUUCCUGAAACAUCUGUAGGCACAGAAGAGCUACAUGUCUUAUCAAAGAAGGAAAGUUUUCAGGCGUCUGAAAUCUCAGUUUCUGAAACUAUUAGUGAGAAAAGGCCUAUACAGAAUAAAAGAACACGUAAACAUAACAAAUUAGCCCUGACAUUUACCAACAGUUUGCCCCUCAGCAAACCAGAAGAGGAGUCAUCUGUCUUAAAUUUUCUGGAAGAGAAACCUAAUGAAUGCAGUUCAGCAGAGCCAAGCAAGUAUUCACAAACAGAAUCCCAAGACUUUGCUCUCCUGUGGAGGCUUGAAAGGAAAAUUAUUGUUUCUGAGGAUACCAAAGUGUUACAUGGCAGACUAGAUGGAUUCAUACCAAAAAGUGUAGAUACUGCUUCAGAUUAUCUAGAAAAAGUACCCUAUAAAGUCACCUAUGAUAAAAGCACAUAUGUGGAGGAAAGUGAACUUGUCAGUAUUGAUGAAUCUGGGGAUCUAAAUAUUUUGUGUAAACUUUUUGGAUCCCUUUCAUUUGAUGCACUCAAGGACUUGUAUGAAAGAUGCAACAGGGACAUUGAUUGGACUACAGGAAUCUUGUUGGAUUCUGCUGAAAAGAUGUGCAAAGAUGAUGAUGUUGAAUGCUUGCAGGACACAGAGAUUCAACCUCCUGGUUUGAUUCUUGACUCCAAGGAAGAUACUAACUGCAGAAAGAGACUUGCAGCCACUGAGGAAACCACCCAAGUAUCUGUAACAUCUCAGAACUUGGAUAUAAUUAAUUCCUCAGUUGAUAGUGGAAAUGGUAAAAUUUCAGACUGUUCCAAGUUAAAUGCUGAAAUACCCAACUUGCUAAUGAAUGUUUUGUCUGCUCCUUCAGUAGAGAAUGAAAAUUUUAAUAAUCGUGCUCCAAGAGUUCAUGUAGAAGAAUCAGAAAAUGAUAAACCUCUAUUAGAUAUGAUAAAAAUAUAUACAAAAGAGAUUAACCCUGUUAAGUUACCAGAAAAUGAGCAACAGAACAUGAACUCCCAUGUUGAAAUUGACUUUGGUAUUCUUGUCACAGAACCCAUUGAUUUUAAUGGAGGUACCACAACUUUGAAACCAGUUUUCGAUGUAGAUAUGGAUAACAGAUCUUCAGAUAAACAUCAAGAGUGUUCAGAAGUAGAAAAUGCAGCUGUUCAGAAACAAUUGGCUGAUGCAGUACUUUUGGAGGACUUUGCAAGCAAGGAAGGCAAAUUUGAGGCAUAUAAAGAAACUAAUUGCAAGCCAGUAUUUUCAUCUGCAGCAGAAAAUGAAGACAAUAAAAUGCUUAACCAAAAUGAGGAUAGAAUCAGGUUGCUGAACCCCAAACCUGCAUCAAAAUCUGUGGACAUAAAUUGUCUGGAACUGGUCUUACCUCCUGAACUAGCCAUUCAAUUAAGUGAAAUAUUUGGACCUGUUGGUGUUGAUUCAGGGUCCCUAACAUCUGAAGAUUAUGUGGUUCAUAUUGACCUGAAUCUGGCCAAAGAAAUUCAUGGAAAAUGGAAGGCAUCUAUUAUGAAGCGACAGAAGAGAGAAGAGGCAUUGCAGAUGCUGUUUGAAGAUGAUCAUGCACUGUUAUGUCUAGAUGAUCUGGACAGUGUUCUUUCUCAACAUACAAACUGUCAAGUACAAAAGACUGCAAAGCUACCUGAAAACUCCGCAGCUUCCGAAGUUUUCCCUUUCAUGGAUCACUGGAACAUACCAACUCGGAAAGUAUCACUUCGAGAAAUAAUGUCUGAAGAAAUUGCCUUACAAGAAAAGCAAGAUCUGAAACGUUUUCCUUUCGUGGCUAGAAAAGACUGUGCUGCCAAACUGAAAGAGAAGCAACUGCUGAAGAUAUUCCCAACCAUUCACCCAAACUUCUUAAUGGACAUCUUCAAGGACUACAAUUAUUCUUUGGAACAAACUGUCCAGUUUCUGAACAGCGUUCUGGAAGCGGACCCAGUAAAAACAGUUAUAGCCAAAGAAACCACUCAGGGUGCAACUCUCUCUUCUUACAGUGCUUCAAAAACGCGAGGAGAAAAAAAGACCAAAAGGUCCAAGGAGCCUGAAGACAUUUUCAGUGAGAAGAUGUUCCAAGACUUUGAAUACCCAGGAUAUGAUGACUUCAGGGCAGAGGCUUUUCUUCACCACAAGCAUAGGCAAGAGUGUCUGAUAAAAGCUGGGGAGGCCUAUCGUAUGGGAAUGAAGCCUGUAGCAGCAUUUUAUGUACAACAGGGUCGUCUUCAUGAGGAGAAGAUGAAAGAAGCAAACUGUGAUGCUGCUGUGAAAAUAUUUGAGAAAGUGAAUGCUUCCUUGCUGCCUGAAAACCUUUUGGACCUGCAUGGUCUUCAUGUGGAUGAAGCUUUGGAUCAUCUAUGCAGAAUACUGCAGAAGAAAACAGAAGAGUACAGUCAGGCUGGUGGUAAGCCAUAUCUCUACGUGAUCACAGGAAGGGGAAACCAUAGCCAGGGAGGAGUUGCUCGCAUCAAACCGGCAGUCAUGAAAUACCUCAUAAGCCACAAAUUCAGGUUUACAGAAAUAAAGCCAGGUUUCUUGAAAGUAAUGCUGAAGUAAAAGGACAUCACCAAUGGGACUGCAAAAGCUGAUAUUUCUCAUUUACAAGCAACUUCAAAAUGUAUUAGAGUUACUGCACUAUUUUAAAAAACUGUAUUUUACUGGAAACAUUUUAACUUAUUUUAGCAGGUGUUUUCAUCAGCAUCAACCCCCCAAAAAAACACAAUGGAAUAUGUUUUGUUUUUAAGGGAAAUAUUUUUCUAGAUCUUUUGCUAUCAAGAAGUACACAUUAAGGGUGCUUCUGUACAAGAAGUGAACUUUGAAAGGGAAGCUAAGUCUUCAUGCAGCACUGUGCCCUUCUCAGUUUUAGAAAAUAUAGCCAGCACGAUGCUUUUUAACUCUUAACCUUCUCUAAUGCAUUUUAAAACAAAACAACUCUCAUUGUAUGCUUUUUAAGAUUUAGAGUUGACAUUAUUUCAAAUAAUCUAAAGCAACCAAAUGUUUGAGUGGUGGGGGUGGAAUGAUGUAAUGGAUCUAGCAGUAGGAGCUAACCACGGUUUAUACUACUGGGUUUCAUAUAAGAUUCCUUUGCAUAUUAGCAUUGCGGACAAACAAGCAGUGGGGGACAGAAGGAAGUGGAAAUGUAUGUUGCAGCCAUCUUCUGUCCAGACCAGCAUAGCAUCAGUAACUUAUCUCCUCAGUUCUCUCUGCCUCUUAUCACUUUAGUUUUUCACUCCCUUAAUAUAUUGAAAUGGUUGAUUACACUAUCUGGUUGCUUGAUAGAAACUGUUGAUUGCAAGCUCUGUGGACUCCUCUAGAGCUCAGCAUGAGAAGGGACUUCCUUGUUCACUUCAGUAUCAGGAACUGCUCCAUGAACACCUUGAGGGUAGGCACACAAAGCUGCUAUCAGCAUUGAAAUGCACAGGGAUGCCCCUUCUCCAGUGGAGUUCUCUUUGCAUAUUGUAACCUCUACAUGUUCACUAGACACACUGGAUUUGAGCUGCUGCUCCAAAUUAUUCAGGGUGGGGGGAACUAUAUUUUUUCAGAGUCCCUAUUUUCCAUUCAUUCUACAGAACAAAGUACAUGCCCUAGCAGAGAAGACAUCAGUGAACGGAGGCCGUGUAACAAGUUGCUAGCCCCAGGCAGGCUUAUGUGCCAUUAACAGACAAGAGCAUUCCUCAGUGGCAGCUGCUUCCAUCUCAGUGCUGCACUGAUGAAAAUAAGUACAUAUACUGAACUUGUUCCAGUUAGACAGCUGUUAAAGCAUAUAAAGGGCCAGUUCUGAUGUAGCAUGGAGCCUACAUCAGGCUUAAAUCCUGGCUUCAUGCAACAUCCCUGGACUUGGGAGCAGCAUUCCCUCUAACAGGGAAUUCCAGAUGUUGUUGACUGCAACUCCCAGCUGUGAUGGCCUUUGGCUGUGAAUUAUGGGAGUUGUAGUCAACAACAUCCGGGAUUCCCUGUUAGAGGGAACACUGCUUGGGAGUGCAUGUGCUCCCCUCUCCCCUUUGCUAUUAGGCUCAGAAGGAUUCUGAUUCUGGUUAAGAAUAAGCCUGGAUUUCUUAUUACAUCUGAUCUAAGCAAGCCUGUCUUAUUCUUACCCAAGUUCAAAAAUAAACCAGAAUUGUAUUCCAGGAUCCAAUCCUGGCUUAUUUUGGAAAUCUGGUUAGAAUAAGCCAGGAUUGCUCAGUUUGGAUGCAAUAAGCAGACUGCACCAUAAUUCAGAUCUCUGUAGGGGUCCAUGGUCACUCAGAACUGGGUCUUUUGCACCUACGCAGAAAGCCACAGAAGACUUUUAGCUCCAUUUAGGCACAUGCUGGCCCUUUAAGGCCUAGGGAUAUCGGCGCCUCAAAGGGUACCUAUGGUACCAGCAAUAGAGCGCCUCCCUCUUCAGUUCCUUCUCGUCCACUGCUCACACUGCCUCGGGGAAUCUGCUCCUAUCCUUCCUGAACUUCACAUGCAACACUUCUUCAGUUUGGAGAUAUUACAAAAAGCCAGGAUUUAGUCCUGGCUCCACACUAUGUCUGAAAAGUCUCCUUCAAGUCAGAAGUUGGAAACCCUAACCAUAAAUAAUGGAUGUGUGUGCACCUUGAUUUAACCUCUGCAGUCUAAUUAUUGAUACAGCAGUAUUUUGUCUGAAAUGUUUCUGUGUGGAUUAAUUUCUGGGAAUAAAAAGCUAUUAAUUUCUGGGAAUAAAAAGCUAUUAAUUUUUGGGAAUAAGAGGCUAUUAAGAGGUAUUUUUAAGCACAUUUUCAAAUUGCAAAACAAAGGAUGAUAUUAAGUUAAGAAGGCUGACUUUUUCCUGUGAUACUCAGUGCCUCCUUACCAAACAAAUCAAUAUAUUCAGAAAUAUUUUUAAAAGAAUUACUAUAGUUAUUUUCAUGAAGUUAUUUUCAUGAAGAAAAAUGAAUAUGCAAUUAACAUAACAUUUCUUAUUUGAGAGCAAAGAUGCAAAUGUUUAAAGUUGAUGUGUUUUAAUUUCAUGGAAGUUUUAGAAUAGUUGCCAGUUGCAUGCCAGGAAUCAUGUAAACAGAAUGUGAUUUAUUUUUUUCCGAUCCUUAAGAUUCUGCUUCAUUAAAAUGGGUAGGGUUAUAUUUUCAAACCAGAGGACUUUCUUAUUUGUAAUAGAACAGAACUUGCACAUUUAUGUUGUGUUCACAUGUACUAUGUGCAUGUAUUACUGCAAAAAGGAAGCUGUGUGUGCAUGCACACACUGAAUUAGUACCAUUAUUAUUGACAGCAACAAGCUCAGACUUGAGAACUUUGUCUGCAUUGCAUCAAUCUGCAGCUGUCGUCAUCUUUCAGGGGAGAUCCGUGAGUGGAAACAGGUUUCUGCACAUGGAUUUGACCUACCACCACGAGUGCAAAAGGCCCUCUUCACACAAAUCGAGCCAUAACCAUGAGCAGCCAGCUAGAAGGGGUGAGUGACAGCGCCAGGCCAAGACUUCCUAGCUGCUUUUGGCACUGUAAGCAUGAGCCGAGAUUCAAGGAAUAAUGUUUGAAGUGGGCUAUUGUCAGCUUCCAAUAGUGGAGUUCAAGUGUUUGGUGACAGCAAAGGCUUUUGCAUUCAUUAUCCCAGCAUCUCCUGCUUCUCAUCUGACAGCACUGAUUACAUCUUAGGAAGAGGGAGAAAUACAUCUGAGAGCAAAGCAGAAGAUGCAAAACUUUCUGCUGAUCUCCCAGUUCCCUGGAUUAGGGCUCCUAGGUGUACAUUCUACAGGUGGUGACUGACUAUGCUUAACUGUAACUUUUUAAAAGUAAAAAGUUUGUUGAAUUUUAAGAGAAAAUAAUGUCUGGUAGAUGAGAUGGUAAAAUAGAAAUGUUAAUUGCCUUUUAAUUUAUGGGUAUAUGCAUUAUGGGGGAAGCAAAACUUUGUCUAUUUUUUAUAGACCAAGCAUUUUAAAUGUUAAAAUGACUUGAUAUUGGGAUAUUGUAUCUCUUUUCACUGCCCUAAACAAAUAAGUCAGUUCUUUUUCUGUCCCCCAGUUGAAAUCACUGGCAAAGCCAAGUACAUUGUCAAACUUUUACUUUCCAGUUCUCCAGAAUACUUAUCAAACCACUUUUCCAAAAAUCUGAUGUAAAUCAGGGCUGCUUCACACAUUACCAAGUUUACUUAAAUGGCUAUCACGUUCAUGUGAUCAAUCUGUUUUGCUUCAUGCGCAUGUGAUGGAAAACCACUGUUGGCUAUGCUUGCCCAUCUUAUGUAUAAUCAGCCAGAAUUAGUGUGUUGUGUUGAUCAUAUGGUGGUGUGAGCACUUUUUUCCUACAUGGAGGUAGUACCCACGUAUGAAAACAAUGGUGUGAAGAGCUCCAAGUUAGUUACAUUUUAAUAUACAGAAAUGGAUGUUUGAUUCUCUAUUGGGAUGGUGAUUAGCUUUAUGCUUCUCUGUGUUAUUUAGAAAUUAAUACUUUAUACAGUGUGGCUUUGUGCAUCUCCCCCUCAUUUCAGUUCAACUUGCCCAGGAGAAGUGGUUGCUAGGUUGUACCCUCCAGUUUCCCACUCUAAAAUUAUAGCAGAUUUUAAAUAAGAAAUAACAUCUUUAUAUCCUUUUUAAAGCUGUUUAAGAAAUUAAACUAAAAAUAAUUGCUAUAAACAUCCUAAGCGAAGAUUGUUAUUUUCAGUGGCUAAGUAAGUAAUAGUUUAUUUUACUAUGCUAAAUUAAACGCGCACUGUUAAUAUGGAAAGUCAGUUGUCUUAAACUGGGGAAGAAUUAUAACUUCUGUGUGCCCAUUUUCAAUUACUAGUUGUUUUGGAUUGACCUUGUAAGGUGUAGUGAGCAUAUGCUUAUAUUACUAGUUGUUUUGGAUUGACCUUGUAAGAAGGUGUAGUGAGCAUAUGCUUAUAUGAAUGAAGAACACUGCUUAAGCUGCCAUACUUGGAAUGUAACUGAAGUUCUAUUGAAAAGAGAUUUAAAUUGACUCAGGGCAGUGAUUUCUGUGAAAAGUGCCUAAGGAAUGAAAGCCUUCCCUGUGCUUAAAGUAUUGGUAUUUUAAAUAUAACUUACAUUAAUCUAACAUGAGCAGUUCAGGUUUCAAAAUAUUACCCAAUAUUUAUUCACAGAUUGAGAGGAAUAAUGAACGUCUUGAAUACCAAAAUGCUAUUUAGAAUUUAACUUAUGCUACUUUAAAACAUUAAAGUCUAGUUCACACAAUUUUCCCCCUACCCAUUUUGCAGAGACAAACAAUACGUAUGUGAUAAUGGAUCACCUGUAUGGCCUCCAGCAGUUUCUGUGAUCACAGCAGGACUCUUUCUAGCCACUACCAUUAAGGAAAUUGCUGCUGGUCCUAUAGAUCAUUGUCCAGGUUACCUGUUAACAUUUUCCCAAGCAAACAUGUCUUGGAGGAUUAUUCGGAAUGUUCACAUAGAGACAUGUUUUUGUUUUAAAAGAAGAACAUAUGUUGGUGUCUCAGCUACUGAACAGAUAUCAGAUGACUAUAUUACUCGAGUAUCAAAGUGUACAAACUAAAAAUCCAGUAUUGUACCUUCCAGUUGUCACAAAUAUGGCCAGUACAUUGGUAGACUUCUAUUUUUUAAAAUAUAUUAUUCUAAAAAUGUGUAAAGCGAUUUCCUAUCACUUUUGUAAUGUUUUGCUGUUAGGUUGUAGAAUUUCUUAUGUGAACAAUUUCAAAUAAAAUACAGUUGAAUAAAAAAA